AUGGAGAAAAUUCUUCUUGUUGCCAUGUUUUUCUCUUUCGUUCAUCGCAUUAUUUGUGAUUUUUCGAUAAAGAAGUUUAAGCCAGUGUCCCUCAAAGCUACUGUUCUAGGUAGGAAAGGGAGGGUAGUGAUACACACUCCCCUAUCGAUUAAUUCUGUGAUUAACUGCGCGAUCCGAAGACUCACUCACCCAAAGAAAGUUAUAUCUACACCGGGUCAGUCAACAGAAGAAGACAUCGCUGCUGAUGAUUACGAGGUUUCCGUAAUUCCUCCAGAGACUUCGACCUCUGGAGCUAUUUACACAAGAAAUGUUAGCUCCGUUUGCAACUGGGAGAAAGAACGGGCCAAACUUUUUCAAGCAAUUGUGGAGAAAGAGGGAAUGCCAGAGAGCCCAAAGCUUAUCUGCGUGAUUUGCAAUGAGCGGUUAAAUAUCUUUGCGUUAUCUUUACUGCAGCCGUUGGCAGUUUUUCUGCCCAAAGUGUGCAUGGGACAUCCACCGAGAAAAAAACCAAUUCCAUGUUUUGGACAGUGGAAGAUAAAUGUUUUUGGUACCGUCGUGAGGGUGUGGAAUUUUUUUGCAAUAACCCAAUCACCACAGGAAACAAGAACAUGCAUUUCGCAGGAAAAUAUCAUGAAAGCUUUAGUGUUCUUACUUUGA